CAGCGUGACGCCGGGAAAGUUUUGGCGGGAAAAGCGCUGCAUUUGGAUUCCUGUGGUGGCGGGCAAAGGACGGCCUGCCGUGAUCCAUCCUGGAGUCAUGGCAGUGCCUUUUGUGGAAGACUGGGACUUGGUGCAAACCCUGGGAGAAGGUGCCUAUGGAGAAGUUCAACUUGCUGUGAAUAGAAGAACUGAAGAAGCAGUUGCAGUCAAGAUUGUAGACAUGAAACGUGCCAUAGACUGUCCAGAAAAUAUUAAGAAAGAGAUCUGUAUCAAUAAAAUGUUAAAUCACGAGAAUGUAGUGAAAUUCUAUGGUCACAGGAGAGAAGGCAAUAUCCAAUAUCUAUUUCUGGAAUACUGUAGUGGAGGAGAGCUUUUUGACAGAAUAGAGCCGGACAUAGGCAUGCCUGAACAAGAUGCUCAGAGGUUCUUCCAUCAGCUCAUGGCAGGGGUGGUUUAUCUGCAUGGUAUUGGGAUAACUCACAGGGAUAUUAAGCCAGAAAAUCUCCUAUUGGACGAAAGGGAUAACCUCAAAAUCUCUGACUUUGGCUUGGCAACAGUGUUUCGGCAUAAUAAUCGUGAGCGUUUAUUGAACAAGAUGUGUGGCACUUUACCUUAUGUUGCUCCAGAGCUUCUAAAGAGAAAAGAAUUUCAUGCAGAACCAGUUGAUGUUUGGUCCUGUGGAAUAGUACUUACCGCAAUGUUGGCUGGAGAAUUGCCAUGGGACCAACCCAGUGACAGUUGUCAGGAAUAUUCUGAUUGGAAAGAAAAAAAAACAUACCUCAACCCCUGGAAAAAAAUAGAUUCUGCUCCUCUAGCUUUGCUGCAUAAAAUCCUAGUUGAGAAUCCAUCAGUAAGGAUUACCAUCCCAGACAUCAAAAAAGAUAGGUGGUACAACAAACCGCUCAAGAAAGGGGCAAAGAGGCCCCGAGUCACUUCAGGUGGUAUAUCAGAGUCUUCUAGUGGAUUUUCUAAGCACAUUCAAUCCAAUUUGGACUUUUCUCCAGUGAACAGUGCUUCUAGUGAAGAAAAUGUGAAGUACUCCAGUUCCCAACCAGAACCACGGACAGGUCUUUCCUUAUGGGACACCAAUCCUUCAUAUAUUGAUAAACUGGUACAAGGGAUCAGUUUUUCCCAGCCCACAUGUCCUGAUCAUAUGCUCCUGAAUAGUCAGCUACUUGGAACCCCAGGAUCCUCACAGAACCCUUGGCAGCGCUUGGUUAAAAGAAUGACACGGUUUUUUACCAAAUUGGAUGCAGACAAAUCUUACCAAUGCCUGAAAGAGACUUGUGAGAAAUUGGGCUAUCAGUGGAAAAAGAGCUGUAUGAAUCAGGUUACUGUAUCAACAACUGAUAGGAGAAACAAUAAACUGAUUUUCAAAGUGAAUUUGGUAGAAAUGGAUGAGAAGAUCUUGGUUGACUUUCGGCUAUCUAAGGGUGAUGGAUUGGAAUUCAAGAGACACUUCCUGAAGAUUAAAGGGAAGCUGAGUGAUGUUGUGAGCAGCCAGAAGGUUUGGCUUCCUGUCACAUGAGAGAUCCAUUGGAUUCCUGGUGAAUAUAGUGCUGCUAUGUUGACAUUAUUCUUCCUAGAGAAGAUUAUCCUAUUCUGCAAACUGCAAACAGUAGUACCUGAAGAGUUGUCUUUCCUCUAGCCAAACAUUUUCCAGUUCUUUUUGUAUGUCCUUCAUACAAACAAUACCUAUAUCUUCAUUGUAACUAAAGAUUUGGGGAACAGAUGGAUAGAAUUCAUUAGAUAUUUCUUCAUCUUGUUUUUAGUGUCUGCAUGUGAUAGAAACCAUGCUUUGGGGGUACAUGAGCUUAUCAACUUUUAUACUAACGCAAUGAAAGAUGAUUUUCUUGUCGCAUUGUUAACAAAACGUUUGGUUUCAUCCAAUAAGUAUGUGUUUCCUCCAUGUUGAUUUAGUUAUAUGUAUGGAUUAGUAAUGAAAGCAAUCCCUGUGACUUUUGGACAGUAGAUUAAUCAGCCUAUAAAGUGAAGCCAACUUCAAAAAAUAUAUCCUGAAGAUUUGUACUUCCAUUUUCACAAGGGCAUGACCAAGUAUAUAAAUCUGUUUUUGAAUUAUAACUGUUAAUUAAAAUUGCAAGUAGGUAUGUUUUUUUCCAGUGUAGCUAAUAAUAUAUAUAAUACUGUUUGGUCUUUCAAGUAGAAGUUGAGCAUAAACUCUAAAGCUUAACUACCUUUACUCUAAAAUUACUAUUGCACAUUUUAAAUAUUUUUCUAUAUUAUUUUCUACUUUCA